AUGCAAUCAAACACAAAUGGUAGAAUAUCAUUUUUAGGCAGCGUUGCGUUACUAGUAUCAUCGAUGACAGGUCCUGGACUUGUAACAAUUCCGUUAUUAUUCCAGACAGCAGGAUGGUUGAUACCAAUGAUUUGUGUUGCAAUAGUAAUAAUGUUGAGUGCGACGGCUUCUUUGUUUUUAUGUGAAGCUUUGAGCGCAAUUCCAGGCAACAACAAUUUUCAGAAAAAGAUUGAAUUUUCAAGUUUAUCGACAUUAUUGAUCUCCAAUAAAUAUAAAUGUUUAAUGAUGCAAUGUAUCUUAUUUAUAUCAAUCCAAUCGAUUAAUAUAGCAUGUAUAAUAUUAUCGGCACAAACAAUGGAUUCUUUAAUGAUUUCAUUGCUCGGUAAAACUUGUGGAAUUGGAAUUUAUCCAGAUUCGGGGGUUUUCUGUGUUUAUAAACAAUUACCAGACGGAAGUCCAUUUGGUGAUAAAACCAUGCUGGUUACAUUUGUUAUGCCAUUAGGACUUAUGGAUCUUGUUGAUAAUGUUAGAAUUCAAAUUGAAUUUGUUCCAAUAAUUGGUGACGAUAUAAGCCAAGUGGUUGGAACAAUUUUGUUAAAUUAUUCGUUCAUAAUUACAAUUCCAAGUUGGAUAAAUGAUUUGAAUCCAAAUGUCUCAAUUAGAAAAUCAAUAUUUUAUUCAAUUAUAAUAUCAACGGUUAUUUAUUUAUUGUUGGGAAUAUUUGGUGGAAUGUCAUAUAAAAUGGAUUUAUCAUCAAAUAUUAUUUCGAUAAUUAAUGAUUCAAAUGAAAGAUCAAUUAUUAGUCUAAUUACAACAUAUUUAUUUCCAUUGGCUAUACUAAUCACCAGCAUACCAGUUUAUACCAUUAUUAUCAAAUACAAUCUAAUCAGAAAUAAUUAUUGCGGAAAAAAUUUGGCAAAUAUAUUGUCAAGUGCGUUACCAUGGAUAAUAAUUAUACCGUUUCAGACUGGAUAUUGGUUAAAUGUUUUUAUGAAUUGGACAACAUUGAUAUUUACAAGUAUUUGUAACUUCAUUAUACCAUUUUAUUUAUAUUAUAGAAGUCAACAAAAUAAUUCAUUUAUGAGAAUUCAAGAUUAUGAUGAUGUUGUUGACGUCAAUGUUGAUAAUGAUGUUGAUGAUAAACAUUAUUUAAAUGGGAAAAAGAACUUAUCAAAUCAAAAUAAAGAUGAAAAAGAUGAUUAUGAUGAUGAUGGUGAUGAUGACAAUGAAAUUGAAAAUGGUUAUUAUAAUAAGGAAUAUAAUAUGAAAGAUAUUUCAAUAAUAUCUGAAAAUCAAAAAAAUUGGAAUUCACCAUUUAAAAUAUCAUCUUUGCCGCCUUCUCCUGAUUCAAUUGUGACUGAUUCAGCUCCGACAGUAUUAUUAAUACAUAAAAGCAAAUCGUCAUCAUCAUUCGAUUCUUGCCGUCUAAUUAAUAGUAAUAAUGAUAAUUCACUACUAAGAACAAGUUAUGAUCGUUAUGAUUAUAGAAGAAAAGAAGAUAAUAAAGAUCCUAGUGAAAAUGAAGGCAACAAUAGUGAAGGCAUUGGCGGUAGUGGUGACGACGCUUUCUUGAAAUGUUCCUCUAAUAAUGAGUUGUAUCUUUCAGGUAGUUCGCAUGGUAUAUAA